GGCGCUGUCUGCCCGGUCCCGCUGAGGCGGCCCGACGGGCGCGGCGGCGCAGGCCCAGCAGAAGGGAGUAAUUCAUAAGAAGAUCUAUAAAAGGGCAAGUUCUAAGAAAAUGUUUGCCCUAUAAUCUGGUUCCAUGUGGAGACAAGAUUCCUGCUCCUGCUUUACCUUUCAGUAUGCCUGUAAGCCGUCUCCUCCAGUUCAGAGACUUUGAAUCCAUCGCCCAGUGACAACUGACAGAGGAGUAGGCAUGUCGGGAAGGAGAGAACUCGCCCAGAGGGAUGGAGGAAGUUUCGGAAGGACUGGGAGGAGGAGAUGAAGGCUGGCUGGAAUUUUCUGAGAUUUUUUGGGCUCUUCUCCUUUGGCAAGUGAAGAAUGACAGAAAAAUGCUGACUUCCACAGAGCUGACAUUGAUUCUGCGAUGAACUGGUAUCCUAUCAUUACUGGUUUUGCAUAUUCUGAAGACACACUCUCGGCUCACACUGAAAGGCAUCAUUUCUGAACAUUGUAAGGUAUCGUCCUUUCAGAAAUGAAGUUGGGACAAUGUGUUGCCUCCUUUAAUUACGGUCUAAGAAUUUCAGAUGUGGAAGAAGACAACAAAAAGAAAUGAAAAAGCUGUGAGUCAUUUAAUGACCAAAUAAGGUCUCCAUUCCCAUGAUUUCUCUGAUAUGCUUCUUCUGGAGCCAUGGAUGAAUACAACCGCUUUGUGGAUUGGGACAAAAUGGAUGUUACUGUCCAGAGCCAGGAUGCAAAGGAGCUAACCUGCACAGAGUUCCAGGAGCUCAAGCAGCUGGCUCGGCAGGGCUACUGGGCCAAGAACCACUCUCUGAGAGCCAAAGUGUACCACAAACUAAUUAGCAAUAUCCCAUGCCGCACAGUGACCCCAGAUGCAAACGUGUACCGGGACAUUGUUGUGAAGAUUGUUGGAAAACGUAACAGUAGCUCCCUUCCACUGCCAGAGUUUGUGGAUAACAGCCUGGUCCCCACGUACUGCUUGAAUGCAGAAGGCAUCGGGGCAGUCAGGAAGAUUAUACUGUGCAUUGCAAAUCAGUUCCCGGACAUAUCAUUUUGCCCAGCACUGCCUUCUGUGAUAGCUUUGCUCCUCCACUACAGCAAAGAUGAGGCAGAGUGCUUUGAACAGGUUUGUCGCAUCCUUGCUUGCAAUGACCCAUCUAAGCGGCUCAUUGACCAGACGUUCUUAGCUUUUGAGUCCUCCUGCAUGACCUUUGGUGACCUGGUUAACAAGUACUGCCAGGCAGCACAUAAGCUGAUGGUGGCGGUGUCCGAGGAUGUGUUGGAGGUAUAUUCCGACUGGCAGCGGUGGCUCUUUGGAGAACUGCCAAUGGUGUACAUUGCUCGGGUCUUUGAUGUGUUUCUGGUGGAGGGCUACAAAGUUCUCUAUCGUGUUGCGUUGGCUCUUCUGAAAUUUUUUCACAAAGUCAGAGCUGGGCAGCCCAUGGAGUCUGACAGCAUACAGCAGGACAUUCGGGCUUUUGUGAGAGACAUUGCCAAGUCAGUGUCUCCAGAGAGGCUUUUGGAAAAAGCUUUUGCGAUCCGCCUCUUCUCACGGAAGGAGAUCCAGCUUCUGCAGAUGGCCAACGAGAAGGCUUUGCAGCAGAAGGGCAUCACGGUCAAACAGAAAAGUGUUGCGUCUCCCAAAAGGCAGAAUGUGCACUUGGCAGUUCAUGCUGAGAACUUCAAGUCUGAAAUUGUCAGCGUGAAAGAGAUGCGAGAUAUCUGGUCGUGGAUCCCGGAAAGAUUUGCACUUUGCCAGCCCCUCUUGCUUUUCACCACCUUGGAACAUGGCUGUAGUCUGAGCAGGUUCUAUUCUCACAGUGAGGGACAUGAACCAACUCUUCUCCUCAUCAAGACCACAGCAAAAGAGGUCUGUGGUGCUUAUCUGUCAACUGACUGGAGCGAGCGCCGGCGAGGAGGGAACAAGCUGAGUUUCUUUGGAACUGGGGAGUGCUUUGUAUUUAGGCUGCAGCCAGAAGUGGAACGGUAUGAGUGGGUGAUCAUAAAACACCCAGAGCUGGCCACAACUGGUUCGGAGCCAGAAAAUCACGCCCCACCAGCUUCCCGCACCCUCUCCUCUGGCAGUAUCCCAUCAGACCCCUCGGAUCGCCUUUCUCCCUUCUUAUCAGCUCGACACUUCAACUUGCCUUCCAAAACAGCCUCCAUGUUCAUGGCUGGCAGCAGCGAAUGCAUCAUUAUAGGAGGUGGUGAUGGCCAGGCUCUUUACCUCGAUGCAGAUCUGAACCACGGAAGAACCAGCCACUGCAAUACUUUCAAUAAUCAGCCGUUGUGCUCUGAAAGCUUCCAGAUCUCUGUCUUGGAGGUGUGGGGCUUCAGGGACACCAUGAAUGGUUGACGCGACUAUCAUUAAUCAACAAGUUUUUCAGUUGUCCUAGGAUUCCCAAGGCAAAUUCUAAUGCAGGAGCCAAGUUAGAACAUAAUUUCUGCUGGGAUCAGUGUUUUUUAGUAAUUACUAAGUGGUGCACUUGAAUGCAGGGCUUAGUUGUUUACUUUUAUUUAAGACAAAUCAAGGUGAAGUAAUGUAUCUGAUUAACUCAGCUCUUUACCUCUAGAGAUCUGGACUCAGGUCCUGUUACUAGGUAAAAUGAAAAUAUAAUGAUUUUAGACCAUCCUAAAUGGAUACAAGUCCAUAUCACAGGACAGGUUUGCAGUUUGAUGCGAUUCCUCAGAGGCACAGAGCUGGCUGGGGUGUACUGUAGAGCUGUGUGCCGCUGGCACCAGUAUCUGGCUUGAGCCAGAAGUAUCAAAUGUCUGCUCACAGGGAACAUUGGUGACCUCAGAUCUGACAUAGAACAGUAGUUCAUAAAACCGUUGCCCUACUAUAAACAGACAUUGUGCAGACAGAUCAGUACCAUUUCUUAAGUUAUGAAAGCCCUCGAUUCACACAGGAGCCGUGAUUGCCAGUUAGCCUUCUCCUUGUACCUCAACGCUUGACAUGUUCCAGUGGCACCUGUUUGAGGAAUCUGCCUCUGAGGAAGGCAUCCAUACUGGACAGUGAUGUCUCAAAGGCUUGAUUUUGUUUACAUUCCUGUUCCAUAUCAGUAUAACAACUUCAGACUGACUUGUGUUUCAGUCAGCUGAAAGGCAGAGCAUAUACGCAGUGCUCAGAAACUGCCCUUGCUUCAUCUUUCCAGGAAGCUGAGCUGGAGCUUUAAAUCUGAGAAUAACUAUGCUGAUAUUCCUACAUGUUUGGGGAAUUAGACAUUGUGAUACAGAAGCUCUCCCCACAAGAAAAUGAAAGGAGCGGGGAGAGUGGUCUGCCGUGUAAUUCUUGGUAGUGGAUGACUUUCCCAGGAGAGCUCUAGGUGACACUGUUUUGCCAUAUCAUGAGUCUUCCUAGUGGUGAGGUCCUGAAAAAGGUAAGGCUUUUUCACCAGCAGUGUUCUGGUAGGGUUUGGAUCAUGCAAAAAAGCUUUUGCUCGUUUCUGAGAAUUCCUGCAGUUCUCUACAAGCACGCCCAGUGACAUGUGAUGUCUGGAGGCAAUUGCCCAGUGUCUUUAUCUAAAACUUGUGGUACCUGUGGUAGAACUUCUCCCACAUGAAAUCAAUGGGUAGUCCAGAGCACACAACGGGCUGCUCUCAAAGCUUCAGUGGGUAAUUCGCUAGUAAGAACAUUUACCACAACACGUAAAAUGAGGAGAAAGAUGAACUGGUGGGUUUUGUUGGUGAUGUUGGCUUGUUUAGCUUGUGAUCGAUGAAAAUACCCUGUGUCUUGGUGAAGUGCUGCCUCUUGCAAAGUACAUGAAAAAACUUGGCAAAAAUUUUAUUUUCUUCUUAAGAUGCCAUUUGUUAUUUUUGUCAGAAUAACUCCUUGAAAUAUUAGACUGCAUAUACAACAGUUCAAGAUGUCUUUUGCACCAUUUCUUUUUGCAGUUAGGUUAUUUCACCCUGUUUGAGAGUCAGCACCAGGCCUCUCUUUCCCACAUCCCACUCUAGUUAGAGUUCUGUCCAGCUCUCUUUUUCGUAGCUUUAUCGUAAGCUUGAUUGAACUGGAAGGGCAGAUAUAAUUCGGUUAUACUUGUGUAUUCUGAUGGGGAGGAACUUGAAGAGUUGUAUCUGGCUUUUUACAAAUACUGGCUAAUGCUGCCGUCUGUUAUUUUUUCAAAGCUGGCUGUAUCACUUUGCACUGGCUGGUAUUCCUAAGACAAACCAAAUAAUUGAAAAAACGUAUCCCAUUUAGUAGGUUCUCUUAGGUGGCAUUUCAGUUUUGUCCCUGUCUCCGCUCUUUUGAGCUUGUUUGAGGUGCCCUUGGAGAAAAAGGAAAAAAAAAAGGCAAAACACAACACAAUAGCAUUAAUUUUCAGCUUGUUAACUUGUCAGAAAUUCCCUCGAGCUGUGUGUUGGCAGGAUUUGUGGGGCUUGAGCAUUAGACUCAAAAUGAAUAGGUUUUAUCUGCAAAAUCUUUCCUGCGGCUGGCAGCAGUGAUGUGAUUUUCUCAGUCCCCAUCCUUGCCAGAUGCAGCUACGUCAGCGAAACCUGGGUACUGUACCAUGUCGUAAGCCAUAUCUGAGAAACACUGUUCCUUUCCCUGCCCUGUUCUUAGUGCGCAGGGAUGGGGGUGUUUGAAAUCAGAAAUAACUCAUAGUGGCUCAGAAAUUCGUCACAGGAUAUUAGUGCGAGACUCGGAGGAGCGGCAUCAGUGAGGUUUAGGCAUCUGAGUCUCGAGCAUCUUUCAAAAGACAGCUCAGCUUCCCUUGUGUCAGAUGAGCACAACUUCUGACCCUCCGGCAGCGAAGAUCCACUAAAGACCCCUUUUUGUUAGCUUUUUUGAGGGAUUUGAGCCGUGACCUGUAUGAGUUCACCAAUCACAGCAAGGGUAAAAGGGUUUACAGGUGAUCCUCCUCCUGCUGACUGUUGGUAUUCAUAUCACUCUUGAGGCACACGUCGCAGCGAUGGGUUUAGUUUGCUAUAGCACUACCCCGCUGCAGACAUCCUGCAAGGCUAGGAUGUGUGCUUUAAAUCGGAAUAGCCUGAGUAAGCAAAAGAGGCUGCAAUAAUCUGGCAAGAGGAAUUGUACAGUGCUGUGUCAUCUUCACACAAUCCUUUCGUUCAGUAAAAAUGAACGUUCUUAUUCAUGUGCAAAUCCUCGUGUGUAUUUCUCGUUAACGGUUGUGAGACACCUUAGCGGAAUACCAUCAUGACGUGGUUUUCUUUCCAGUAGCAAAGAGGCAUUUUUUUCAUCUGUGUAGUUAAUGGUUGUUGCUGACCAAGUGUAUAUCAAAGUUCAGAUAAUUAAGCCAAUAGUUUGUUAUAUGCAAAACUCUUGAGAUGGAGACCACAGCCUGGUUUUUAAGACAAUGACUACGAUGGGCGCCUUAUCAGGAAGUUAAAAUUAUCUGAAGUACCCCAGCUGUUGAGGUCCUUUGGUGACAUUGCAACUCUGAACAACUGUUGAUGUAGUUUGUUGUCCUUGUUUGUUGUCCCACUGGCAGCAGUGACAGCGAGGGUGCCAGUGUCACUUGAUCAGCUGCUCGGCGUGGAGCUGGAGAGCUGAAAGCUGGGCGGCAGCUACCACAGUUCUUCAAGAGCGUAUUCGCUCUUUUUGAAAGGAGCUGGUUUUGCUUUGUAAGACUCUCUUGAAGGCAGAAAAGACUAGAAACUCCUAACAUCAGAAACUUGAAUUUAUUGUAAAUGACAUCUAAGCUGUUUCCAGGCCACAGGAGCUGUCUCCAGCUGCCAGCCAGGCUGAACGGACUUCGUCGCUGCACCCAAAAGCUGUCAUUCCUACAGAUCAUGCACUUUGACAUGCUCCCUUUUCUCAUGAAGCACGUUAAUCGUCCUCCUAUUAAUAGAGGCCAAUUAACAAAGGAAAGGGAAAAACUCUCAUUUUCCUCUGUGUUGAGAUAACUGAAGAUAAAUUGGAGGGGGGACCGUACUGUUCUUUACAGAGUUAAACUUCAUGCCAAUAGAGAUCUGUGCUGAGCCAUGGAGAGGUGGCACCUGCAGAUCAAUCAACUGCUAUUCGUGUGUGUGCAUUGAAAUUGUGUGCUUUGUCCUUGGAUAUCCCUCCUCGUUUUUGAUGGGGAGAGAUCUCUGCCCAGGCAGUCACCGCAGAGACACCCAGCCAUGGCUGGGGGGGAGCUGCCCUGCAGCCCUGGCACUGGAGGAGCUCAGCUCCUGCCACUGACACCUGGAGGCCGGUUGUUGGACGUAUCGGAGGCAUAGGCACCCAGCUGUUAGCGUUGAGAUGCUCUUCUGCCAGCUCUCUGUCAUGCGAUUUGGACUAUUCGUAGUUGAGAUGAGUGCGCAUGUUAUUUGGGGUGAUGUUUUUCUUCAGAUGACUGGUGGUGUGCUGCUGAAUUCAUUUUCUACCCUACCAUUGGAAUCGCUCCCCUACAUUGAUCGUAUUUUUGUCACUGUGCAGAAUCUUGGUUUGUAUUAAAAGGUAUUUGACUGUGGAGGCAACUGACUUUGUCCUUCGUUUGGUUAUUUUCUUUCGUGUAGCUGUUGCAGCAAAUGGCAUGCUGAAACUGAGAAAUAAACCUUGGAGCAAGUC